CUCAUAGAACAAACUAUCAGAGAGGAUAAAAGGAAACGAGAGAAGCUCAGAGAUGGAAAGAACCACAUCCACGCAUUCAUCAUAGCCUAAUGGCUUCCAUUUUCUCUCCCUCACCCAUCCUCUUUUCCUCCUCUCCAAAAGCCUCUUCAACUCCAAAACCCCAAUUCUUCUUCCAAAUCCCCACCAAGCCAUUCUCAACUGCCAUAACUGUCAAACCAACUGUCACAGCCGCUGUCGCAGCAGCUGCUGCGCUAAUCCUAUCAACCACCCCUCCCUCUUUUGCAGACACAUCCACAUCCUACCUUGUCUACUACGGCACGGCCGCUAGCGCCGCCAAUUACGGUGGCUACGGCGGCAAUUCGAGCAAAAAGGACUCAGCAGAGUACGUCUAUGAAGUCCCCGAUGGGUGGAAAGAACGCCUCGUAUCGAAGGUUGUGAAGGGCACUAAUGGCACCGACAGUGAAUUCUACAACCCAAAGAAGAAAUCUGAGAGAGAGUACCUUACGUUCCUUGCUGGGUUCAGGCAGCUUGCACCCAUGGAUGUCAUCUUGAACAACUUGGCCUUAUCGGAUGUGGAGUUGCAGGAUGCCAUCUCCAGCGCUAAUAGCAUCAGGUCUGAAGAGAGGAAGGAUGACAAGGGGCAGGUCUACUAUGUUUAUGAAAUUGAUGGGGUGGGUUCGCAUAGAUUGAUCUCUGUGACCUGCGCCAUGAAUAAGCUUUAUGCACAUUUUGUCAAUGCGCCUACACCAGAUUGGAACAGAGACCAAGAGACUUUGAAGCACAUCCAUGAAUCAUUUAGAACGGUUGGAUCAUUUUAGAUAUUAUGUAACCAUGUUGACAGUUGAUAAGAAGGAGGUUUUUCGUAUUAUAAAAUACAUUUUUGUUGAUUUGUC